CAGCUUUCUGCACUUGGGCAGGAAGGGGCGUGUCUAGCAGCUCAGGGGGCCUGCUGAUUGGCUGAAAGGCACCGGGGCCCCGCCGAAGACGGGCGGUGCCGUGGGUUUGAUCCCGGAGGUGGCGACCGGCUUCAGUGAGGCUAUAAUGGCAGCUCGGACCGGUCAGAGUGCCCUGAAAAAAUUAGUUUCGGUCUCGAGAUGUCGUCCAAAUUUGACCGCAGCAGCUGGAGUACCAAUUUCAGCGCAGGGGACCGCGCGGAACGUCCGAUAUUUAGCUUCCUGUGGUAUACUGAUGAGCAGAAUUCUUCCACCACAUACCUCAAUUUUGCCUAAGGAGAUGUAUGCAAGAACUUUCUUCAAAAUUGCUGCACCAUUAAUAAACAAAAGAAAAGAAUAUUCAGAGAGGAGAAUUAUAGGAUACUUUAUGCAAGAAAUGUAUGAUGUCGUAUCAGGAAUGGAGGAUUACAAGCAUUUUGUUCCUUGGUGCAAAAAAUCAGAUAUAAUAUCAAAGAGAUCUGGAUACUGCAAAACACGAUUAGAAAUUGGGUUUCCACCUAUAUUGGAGCACUAUACAUCAGUAGUAACCAUGGUGAGACCACACUUGGUAAAGGCAUCCUGUACCGAUGGGAAGCUUUUCAAUCAUUUGGAGACUGUUUGGCGUUUUAGUCCAGGUCUUCCUGGCUACCCAAGAACUUGUACUUUGGAUUUUUCAAUUUCUUUUGAAUUUCGCUCACUUCUACACUCUCAGCUUGCCACAUUGUUUUUUGAUGAAGUUGUAAAGCAGAUGGUAGCUGCCUUUGAAAGAAGAGCAUGUAAGCUAUACGGUCCAGAAACAAAUAUACCUCGGGAAUUAAUGCUUCAUGAAGUUCAUCACACAUAAAGGGAAAAAAGAACUGGAACUGGUCAUCUACUUGUAACUUUAUUCAUUUUCAGAACGUGCUUUUAUCAUUUGCUUUCAGAAGUCAGAAACCAUUUAUUCAACCCAGCUUGAUUAUAAAUCUGCACUGUUGAAAAUGUGCACUUGGAAUAGAGAACCAUGUGUACAUACAAGUCAAUCAAGUGUAAUUCAAAGUAAUGUGUACAUUAGCAUAUUUAUAAUAAUAAGAUGUCCACUAUUGCUAGAAUACUAACAUCACUCUUCUGAGCAGAAAUUGCAACAGUAAAUUUAAACCUUUUAUCACCUUACAUGAAAGAGGUUAGUUGAAAUACCCAGUAUGUAUUAUAUUAACCAUAUCACGUUUAAGUUAUUAAAUUCAGACUAUUUAUAACUUAUUGUCAUAGGGUGUGCCUCAUGCUAUUUGAGCAAUCAUCAGAUAUAGUAAAAACUUUGACUUAAAAAUACUGUUAAUGAAGGUUCUCUUGCACUUUUCUUAUUUUUAAAUUGUUCUUAUGGGUAAUAGUAGAUAGAUAAUUCAAUGCUGUAGUGAGGUUAGCUCUCUGAUAAACUGAAUAUUUUUUUGGUGAGUGGUCCAGGGCUUUAAGCUAGUUUCCUCAUAGUUCACAACCCUCUCCCACUUAUUUUGACUGCUCUUUCAAUAAUGCUGAUUGUGUGUCAAAUUGUAUCUAUAACAAUGGGAACAGAUGAAGUUGGUUGAUAUGUCUCCAGCACCGGGUGCAUCUCUCCCUGUUUUCUAUUUAUUGUGUGUACUCACUUUCAAUAAUGUAUUUCAAACUGAUAUUUUUGUAAACAAAUCAGUGUAAGGACCGAAAUGGUAAUAAAGUUAAUUUGUUUAUUUUUUGUA